AUGGCUGAGAAUUUGUGGGUUCAAUGGAUGCAUAGCUAUUAUUUUGCAAAAACUGGAGUUAUGACAUAUGAUAUAAAGGCUAGUAACAGUUGGAUAGCUAAACGCAUUCUGAGUCAAAGAGGAAUUAUACCCGAGGUGCAGCAUGAAUGGGAAGCUUCUUUCCAAAGGCAAAAGUUCAAAGUGAGUACUUUUUAUAAUUGCUUAAUUGAUAAUGGAAACCGGGUCAUUUGGAGGAACAUUCUGAGAAAUAAUAAAGCAAGGCCUCGUGCAACUUUUUGUCUUUGGGUUUCUUGUCAUAAUAGAUUGGCAACUAAAGUUAGAAUGGCUAGAUUGGGAUUUCUGCCAGGCGAAGUGACAACUUGCAGUUUGUGUAAGCUUGAGGAAGAAGAUAUGGAACACUUGUUCUUUGAGUGUCCUAUUACUGGAGGCGUUUGGGCUAGUAUUCUGGAUUGGAUUGAUGUCAAACACCAACAUCAGAAUUGGAAUGCUGAACUCUGCUGGAUAUCUAACAUUGCAAAUAGGAAAGGUUGGAAAAUGGAGUUGUUGAAAGUGGCUCUAGCUGAAACCGUAUACGGUAUUUGGACCAUGAGAAACAAAAUUUGUUUUGAUGGUAUAGGAAACAGUCUUUGUAUAGAGAAUAGUAUAAAAGAUACUAUACUAUAUAGGGUUUGGCAGUAUAGAAAGCUUCGUAUACAUAUUGCCAAUUUGAUGUUAUAG